AUGGUAGCCGAGGAGAUUGUGGUCUCCCUCUCGGGAGGUUCCCCGUGGGGCUUCAGACUGCAGGGAGGAGCAGAGCAACAAAAACCUCUACAGGUGGCAAAGAUUCGCCGGCGCAGCAAAGCGUGCAAAGCUGGACUGAAGGAGCAAGAUGAGCUUAUUGCCAUCGGCGACCAUAUGUGUGCAGAGCUCAGUCAUGCUCAGGCCAUGUGCCUCAUAGAUAUGGAGAGCGCCACACUCAACCUGAGGGUCAAAAGAGCCCCUUCUGGAUUCCACUCCUCAUCUUACUCUGGUUUCUCUGCACCGACCCACUCCUGCAUGAGGGUCCUGUCUCCCCCCGCGGCUCUCUUGUCCUGCCACCGUACCUCCAUCCUCUCCCCCACCGGGACACCCAGGGGCAUCACUUCCCCUCCGGACAGCGAGGCUUACUACGGAGAGACGGACAGUGACGCAGACACGCAGUCGCUCACGCACCGUCGCCAACGGCGCACGCCUCCUCACACUCGCUCACCUGCGCGCCAUGACAACCAAGAGGAGGAGGAGACCUCAGAGAUGAGCGGGUAUGAGAGCGCCACAGAUCCAGGGGUUUCCAUGCAGGGCCAGUGGGGGGGUCAGUGUCUUCCCGGCGUCCCUCGCAGAGAACUCAUCUACCAGCCCCUCCGGACCGAGUGGACCACUCCAGCACACACCCCACACGCUGUGACCCCUCACACGCUCGUACCGACCCCCGAUCAGGGGUUGAUGGAGGCGGAGGGAGAAGGGGACAGUGGCUUCCAGGAGGCGGGGGGGUGCAGCGGGCUGAGCUGCCCACCGCUCGUGUCCCCUGAACGGGCCAAAGAGGCUCUGCUUUCGGCCGCUGGUAAAUAUCUGGUGCCCAUGGUGGGACUACAGCAGACCCCGAUCAGCGACGAGCUCUCCACCACCUACAUGGACAAAGCACGGCAAGCUAAGUUGCAGCGUGGGGAGAGCGUGGUGGAGAAACAGGUGAAAGAAGCUCGCACUAAAUGCCGCUCCAUUGCCUCUUUGCUGACUGAUGCUCCCAACCCCAACUCGAAGGGGGUGCUUAUGUUCAAGAAACGUCGGCAGAGGGCCAAGAAGUACACACUGACCUGCUUCGGCAAAGCAGAGGGAGACAGAGGAGGGGAGACAGAAGGAGACACAGGAGGGGAGACGGAAGAGGAAGGAGGAAGCUCCGCCCCGAGUGGCUCAGAAGUUGAUGAAGAGGGAUUCUCAGCAUCGUUUGACUCUACGUGGGACACCGGUUAUCUAGACGUGCUGGACAGGAAAAGCUCUGCCUGCCCUUCAUCCACACCAGCUACUCCAACAACGCCAACAACCAAUCACAGCUCAGGGCUGGACAUCUCAGCCUAUCAGACACCAGGACUGUGGACUUCUGUUAAUCAAAGCCUAGGGUUGGAGAUCUCAGGGCUGGAGAGCUCAGCCGAUCAGGGCUCAAUGCUGGACAGCAGCAUCAGGAAGCAGCCAAUCAGUAACCGCCCUGCACACAUGUCUCCUCCAGCUGUGGCUCUGACCAAUGGGGGGUCAAUGGCUGUAAGUCGGGCUAGUGUUGUUCUGAACCCGCCCUCUCAAAUGCCCCAUCUCAGUCAAAAUGGGCAACAGGGCAACCCUAAUCCUAGUCCUAACCCUAAUCAUUGUCGUAGCCCAAUAACAGACUCAGAUCAUCUCCUGAAUCCAGGUGUUCUGAACCGUACUGCACGCCCCUUCACCCCAGGGCCUUCCUCUCGUGCAUCUGUAACCUCCGUGAUGUUCCGCCCUCCCCAACCCAAACCCACACCUGUGACCAUGACGACCAAACCAGUCGCGGCCAUCUCCAUGGUGACUAUCCAACCUACUCUUCAUCCAUCUGGGACAGAUGCAAGGAGAACGGUGUCUAGCACCUCACUGUACAUCCCUCCCAGAAAUAACAACAGCAACAUUAACUCUCCCCCCUCCUCUCUGUCUUCUGCACCUUUCUCCCAGCCUGCCACAAAUCCACCCACAUUUUCCCCUCAGCCCGCAGUGUAUGCUUCCCCCUCCGUCUUGUUCUCUCCUUCACCUGCUCAACCUUUCUCCCCUCAAGCUCCACAGGCAUUUUCCUCUCCUCCUGCUGCUUAUCCACCUUCCUCAACCUACAUUUCUGCUUCUCCCAUCUCCCCGCCACAUCCCCCUGAUAUGACUCAGGUCUCCUUCCAUGCCCAGCCCACCCCUCCUUUUCCUCCUCCCACCCAACCUUCUCCAUCUCCCUCAGUCCACCCCUACAUCAACAUGACAGGUGAAGUGACUCCUGGCCCCUAUGCUGCCAUAGCAACUGCAUCACCAACCCAGGAUUCACUGGUGACUCGAGAGGAGCGCAUCUCGGUCCCAGCCAGCCGCACCGGCAUUCUGCACGAUGCCCGUCGUCGUAGCAACAAGAAGCCGAUGUUCUGUGCAGUCCAGAACAGAGAUGUUUCUCCAAACCCAGACUUGCUGUCAAUGGUCCAGAACAUGGACGACCACUUUGGGAGUGGAUCCAGGGGCGUCCUGGUGACUCCAAGUGUUGAAACUGGAGCUGUACCAAGCGGGGAGACCGGACAUGAGUCAGGGCCUGAGGAGGACUGGCUGAGGCUGGGGGCAGAGGCCUGCAACUUCAUGCAGGCCCAGCGGAGACCCAGGCCACCGCCUGUAGCUCCCAAACCCCAAACCCCCCAGGUGCCACAGCUGGCGGGGAAGGGAGGUGAGCUGUUUGCCCGCCGGCAGAACAGGAUGGAUCGGUACAUUGUGGAGCGAUCUCCCUCUGUUGCUGCAGUACCUUACUCUCCCGCCCAGACGAGGGACUCAUCACCCACGCCUUCUCUUCCUUCCACCUGGAAGUACUCGUCCAACAUCCGUGCUCCUCCUCCAAUCAGCUACAACCCCCUUCUCUCUCCUUCCUGCCCUCUGAAGGCCCAGAAGAAGUCUGAGGUGACAAAGUCUGGGCCGGCUGGAUCUAAAGGGAAGAAAGCGGGCCUCAAGUCUGUGGAAAUUAUGAGCCACCAGCCCUACCAGCUCAACUCUUCUUUGUUUACCUAUGGGGGCGGGGUUCCCAUGGACACCUCCACCUAUCAGCAGCAGAAAGGAAUGGCAAGUGUGCCUCAGAAGACCGCACGAGUGUAUGAGGUGAAGCGCUUCUCCACGCCCCCACCGACAUCCACGGGGCCCGCGCUCAAAGUUAUUGUACCUCGAUCAGCGACGACACUCGGAGAACCGCUGUGGCACUCUGAUGUCACAUAUCCUCCCCCCACAGUUGGCCACGCCCCCCACCAACCCUAUCAGCCUCAACCCCAACCCUUCCAACCUCAGUGGGCCACCUCCCCUCUGUCUCCCCCACCUCCUCCUGCCCCGAACGCUCCACUCCCUCAGCUUCCCACCUUCUCCGCUGCUCCUGCUUCAAUUCUAAUCCAGUCCCCGACCUUCACCCACCUUCAGCCCUCCAACACCGCGCAGGCCAAUAGGCAGUUUAAGAGUGCCCCAAAUCUGAGUCCCCUGGGUCCCGCUGGUGCCUCUCGGUUGGCCUCCAGCAGCAGUCAACCGAACAGGUUCCCCAAGCCCAGGUUUAGCACUUCCAACAUGGGUCUGCAGCCUUGUGUCUGGCGCCCUGGAUCCACUGCGCACUGA